AUGUGGAGCUCCAAAGAGCCAGUGGAUUUGAGGCGAGAGGUUAUACCCCAGUUGCCUGUGACCGCUGUCGUUCGCGAAAGGUCAAUCAUCGGCCAUAAACAAUUCUAUAAUUCCUCACCGCGAAAGAAUACAGAAGAAUACCUGCUGACAUGUCUCCAGCUAAAAUGCAGCGGCGACAAAGACGGUUGUGAAAAAUGCCAGGCUGCCUCAGUCACUUGCACGUACCGCGAUGUCUCGUCGACCAAAGACAGUAGAAAGAUGUCAAAACGGGUGCGCGCUCCCAACAACCAGUUGCCUACUCCAAGCCCAUGUCAGGGUUCCUGCAGCAAUCAGCAACAGCCCUUGAGCACAGAGAUGGACCAAGAGCCUGCUCAAAGCACGUCCGAAUCUGAGCCGCUAAAUUGGCCAUACUCCUCUUCCGAAGAAUUCACCGAAUUGCCCAACACGUGGAUGAGCUCGAUCUUGCCAAUUCAGCCUACCUCACCUGCAAUGAUGGAUGAUCAUGCAACCCUCAGACUUGAUACAUCAAGUGGGAUGCACGGGCUUCCGGAGAGCAAUCACUCGUCGACAGACGCUGAGAAUAUAUUUGACGCAGUCCUCGAUACGCAGACAGCCUACCGCUACACAAACAUCCCAUCUCAACCAGCCCGUCUGAACGAAAAUACCCAAGAGAGACGAGCAGGAUGGAGCUCAUUACCAGGAGGUAAUCUACCAUCCGCUCUCGGCGCUAACAGAAGUGCUUCCUCAAAAUGUGAUUGUCUCCGCGACGUGGCUCGGUUCCUGGAGGUCAUUGGGGUAGAAUCGACAGAGACGAGAGCUGAUAUGCUUCUAAAGUGCGUGGAUCGAGGAAUGCAGGUCUACAAGCUUCUGGCUUGGAAUCAAGAACAAAGGAACUGCCAAGGGUCCUCUGGCGGGACCCACAUUCCCAUCGUUUGCAUUGACCAGUAUAGAAUCGAAAUACCGGAUUUUAAGGUCUCGCUUAUUCUCCACGUGGCCUUGUUGCACUUUUUCGGUUUGCAAGGUCUAGCGAACGGAAUUAAGCAUAAUCUUAGGCCCAACAGUUUCGCAGAGCGACUAGUUACGGAUUGCGAAAGCAGUAUUGUUGAUACCAUCACGAUGAUUCAAGACAAGGCAUCGAAUUCGAUGCCUAUGGGCUCUGCGUGUUAG